AUGCUGGACAACGCCGAUCGGCAGAUGUUCGUUGUUAAUUCUGAAAGGAACAUAGACACUGAGGCGGAGAGCUGCAAAGGUGUUAGCAGGAGUGAGGAGUCAGCACUUAGAUACAGCUGUUUCCUACGACAACAUGUACUUCAUCAGGCGUCUGACAUCAGAGGAACCAGGUUUAUUCAGACAGAUCUUCGAGCAUUUCCAGAGAAGCAGGCUGCCCUGGAGAAGGGAGCUUUGACUCAGGUUCCGGAAUCGGAGCGGGGAAGUGGAUACUAUUCGACCCUCUUCUUGGUAAGGAAGCCAAAUGUCUCCUUCCGCACAAUAAUAAAUCGGAAGCUGCUGAAUCAUUUCCUGAAAUACGAAAAAUUCCGUAUGGAAAAGAUUGUCAGCUAUUCUGAACCUGAAUCGGGACAGUUUCGUGGUCACCCUGGAUCUGAGGGACGCAUACUAUCAUGUCCCAAUUUUCCAGGGUCACCAAAAGUAUCUCAGGAUAGCAGUUUUCCUAGGGAAAUCCUUGGUGAACCUUCAAUUUCGGGCUCUUCCCUUUGGUCUGUCCCAAGCUCCCCGGGUCUUCACCAAGCUCAUGGCGGAGGAGAUGGCCCAUGUCAGAGAACAAGGCAUUGUCAUAGUACCGUACCUGGACAAUUUUCUCUUGGUGUCAGAUUCCAGGGAGCACCUUAUUCAGCAGGUCCACAGAGUGCAAGAAAUCUUACUGAAGCUAGGCCUAGAAGUAAACCUAGAGAAAUCCCAGCUAGUUCCUUCCAAAGUAUGUUCCUUCCUGGGGAUUGUCGUGCAUUUUCAAUAUUAUUGGGAUUUUAUAUAAUCUAGAUAUCAUUUUAUUUGGUGUAAGAUAUUUCUCUGAAGCUCUGAAACUAGAAUUUUCCUGUUUUCGGUUAGGCCUAGUGAUUCACCUUCCUGCUAUCUGUUGAAGGAUAGACAGACUUACCAUCUUUGCAAAUAACUUUGCAAAUAACUUUGCAAAUAAGUUUUAAAGAACAAUGUAAGUCCAGUCAAGAGGUCUAGUAUCCCAACAUGAGAGCUUACAAAUAAGCCCCUAUUGUGUAAAGUGCUCUCCGGUGUGUAUUUUAACAGGUUAUGUUUGCCCUAACACAAUACAGUUUUAGGUUUGCAAAAACCAAUCAGUCAAGAAGUUUCAAAGUGUAUUUCCCCUAUAAUCUCAGGGAAAUAUAUGAACAUAGAAAUAAAAGGUGAAUCAGAGGUCUAUUUUAUACUAUAAUCAAUGUAUUAUUAUGUGUAGCUAUGCAGUCGUCUCUAUACAAUUGAUAUAUAGUUGUGGUACUGGUGUAUACAGCUAGGUAGUUAAAUGCCAAUGAAAUUUCAGAUAUGAUAUGGGCCAUGCAGAGAGACCUCACCUGUGGAUACAUUUCUAUUUAAGAUUUUAUAAUUAUCUUUUUUCAGUCAUCCAUUGGAGAUGACUGAGAGAUGAAUAUAUAAAUGUUGUCUUAUCUCACUGGACAGGAAAAUAAAUAAUUAUAUGAUAUUUAUAUGAUAAAUGUCCCAAUUGUAGAAUAGGUAGCCAGUUGGAGAAGAGUCCAUUUCUUGUCCUAUACUGCCCUCUAUGGGUGACCUAAGCAUAACUAGGUCCCUAUCUACAUAAGCCCACCCACCAAGUGACAUCAUAUUAUGGGUGGAUAGGUGAGAUAAGAAAUGGGUUAAAAACUUGUGUCCAGGUGAGGAAGAGAGACAACAAGAACAA